ACCGUCAGAAUGCGCGUGCGCAUGAGCGGGAGGGUGGGAGAGAGGGACCUCUUUCCGGUAGCGAAUUCCCGGAUGAGCCCCCCUUCCCUCAGUCCCGGCCGCGGCGGAAAUGGUGGAUGGAGCAAAUGAGCGGCCGUACAGUUCAGAACACGACACGGCGACAACAUUAGCGACAGGGCGCCGAUUUCGGCUCCCACCACAGUCUCCCGCAGAUCGCGGACACUCUACAUGGCGACCCAGCAACUGCGCGGUACCGAGGUUUACUGCGACGCCAGCGGAGACUGCAACCAUGUUGCUGUCAAGAUCAAAAGCCAUAAUAUUCAGCAUCAGCAGGAGGAGGAGGAGACGUCGGCUCCUCAGCUCCAACACCAAGGCCCUGGGCCCACCAAGUACAGCAUCUCGUCCAGCUGUAGUUCUGGGGAGUCAGUCAAGCGGGCGGCCCGUAGUCCCCGGCGUCGCCGGCGCAAGUUUCCUCAGCUCUUCGAGCGGGCAUCGGGCAAGUGGUGGGAUCCCGCCUUCGACUCUCGGAACCUGGAGGACGCGUGUUUGGAGCGCUGCUUCCCGCAGACCCAGCGCCGCUUUAGGUACGCGUUGCUCUACCUCAUGGUGGCUGCACUGCUCUGGGCCAUUUACUUCGGCUGCAGCGUGAAGGACAAGGGCCAGGCUCUUGGGGCCGCUUUCCUGGCGCCCACCCUACUCUUUCUGCUGUGUUGUGCCGGCCUGUUGGCGGUCACCUUCAGUGGACUCUACUCCCAUUACUAUGUCCGAAUCUCUCUGCUCUUCACGUUACUGGUCUUCGCCUUGUCGCUGGCCACUCGUUUCCAGGCCGGCACUGGCAGCGGAAUGGGCUGUAGCGGGAAUGACAGCCAAGACUCAUUUCCCUGCUGGAACUACCUAUCGCCAGUUGGGAGUUUUUCCAUCUGCGUGGAGGUGCUGCUGCUGCUCUACACGGUCAUGCCGCUGCCUCUCUAUCUCUGUUUCAUCUUCGGCGUUUGUUACUCGCUGUUGUUCGAAGUGUUGGGCUAUCAUCUAGGCAGCGUGGAGUGGCCCCAACCGCCAGGUUCUGGCCAGCAUCUGCUGUUGGAAGCUACGGCCAAGCUUUUCUUACAUGCCUGUGUGCAUGCAGUGGGCAUCCACCUCUUCAUCAUGUCACAAGUACGCUCUCGUACCACGUUCCUGAAAGUGGGCCAGUCUAUCAUGCACGGCAAGGACCUGGAAGUGGAGAAAGCCCUGAAGGAACGCAUGAUCCACUCGGUCAUGCCCAGGAUGGUGGCGGACGAGUUGAUGAAGCAAGGAGACGACGAGAGCGAGAAUUCCUUCAAGCGUUACUCCACCUCCAGCCCGAAAAGUAAGAAGAAGAAAACCUCUAUACAGAGAGCGCACAUCAUUUUCAGGCCCUUCACCAUGCAACGCAUGGAACCCGUCAGCAUCCUCUUCGCAGAUAUCGUGGGCUUCACUAAAAUGAGCGCCAAUAAAUCCGCCCACCUGCUGGUCGGUCUCCUCAACGACCUUUUCGGACGGUUCGAUCGUCUCUGCGAAGGCACAGGAUGCGAGAAGAUAAGCACCUUGGGCGAUUGCUACUACUGUGUGGCUGGCUGCCCCGAACCCCGCUCUGACCACGCGUAUUGUUGCAUCGAGAUGGGAUUGGGCAUGAUUCAGGCCAUUGAACAGUUUUGUCAAGAGAAAAAAGAAAUGGUUAACAUGAGGGUUGGGGUGCACACGGGUACUGUCCUGUGUGGUAUUUUGGGAAUGAAACGCUUUAAGUUUGACGUUUGGUCCAACGAUGUGAACUUGGCCAAUUUGAUGGAACAGCUUGGGGUGGCCGGAAAGGUCCACCUUUCGGAAGUUACGGCCAAGUAUUUGGAUGAACGUUAUCUGAAAGAGGAUGGAAAAGUGAUGGAAAGGGUUGGCACACAAAGUGUGGUGGCUGAUCAACUGAAAGGAUUGCAGACAUUCCUUAUUUCUGGCAGAAAGCUGGCUCAUUCAGUGUGUACCUGCUCUCUGAAGGUAUUACCUCACCUUGAUAGGGGAGACUCGAGUCCUCUUACAGUCCCCAUGCAGAAGCGAGGAAUUACAAGUGAGACUUCCACUGAAGUGGGAGAAGCUAGCAACAUCAUGGCUAAAGCUAAGCCCAUGUGUCCAUCCUGUAGUAUAAUGCUCAUUCCUGGAUCCAGUGCCAGUACCGAGGAAACUGCUGCACAGAAUGGUUGUCAAGAUGAGCGUAAAAAUGCCAAGGCACCAUCAGCAGGGCGAAGUCUGAAGGCCCAAAAUGGCUUACUAAGUCCCCCAGAGGAAGAAAAGUUAAACAACAGCCAGACAUCACUGUUUGAAAUGCUGCAGAGUGAGAGGCAGCUGGAUGGACUGCUUCCACUACGCUCCAAGCAGAUUCGGGAGAAAACAGAUGCUCAGUUUGUCAGUGUCAUUAAGGAGGACAGGCUAAUGGAUGAAUACUUCUUCAAACCUCCAAUUAACAAAUUCAGCUUGAAUUUCUUGGACUCUGGCUUGGAGAAAGCCUAUAGGGGCAGCUAUCAAGAUGAGGUUGUGAACAAUGCAUCAGAGAAGACGUUUGCCAGUGCCACAUUCAGUUCACUCCUUGAUGUCUUUCUCUCCACCAUAGUCUUCCUCUUUCUCUCCAUCACAUGUUUCAUGAAGCAGGGAUUGUGUGCAUCUCCUUCGCAUGCCUCUGUUGUGGUUUUUGUCCUUGCGAUUCUGCUUCAAGUUCUUUCCUUGGUUAUCUCCAUCAGAAUGGCAUUUUACCUGGAUGACGUGAUGCCAUGCACUAAAAGGCUGAUGAAGGCGAUCUCUGGUUGGCUGCCUCGUCAUUUUUUCGGAGCCAUUCUCAUCUCUCUCCCUGCAGUUGCUGUGUUCUCUCAGUUUACAUGUGAAUUUAAAACCAAUAUAAAUGUUACCAUGUUCUUCUGUUGUGCAAUGAUCAUUACUUUCAUUCACUACUGUAACUUCUGUCAGUUGAGCUCCUGGAUGAGAUUCUCUUUGGCCACGAUAGUAGGCAUAUCACUUCUCAUCCUGCUGUAUGUGACACUAUGUCCUUCCAUCUUUCCAGAAACCACAUCUGAACCUAUAGAAUCAUUCAGCAGAGAAGUUGGGUGCAAUAUUUCGAUGCCAACUUGGAGUUCAAAGAAUCUGGAGUUGAUCAGACACGAGGUGAUUCUGGAUAUUGUCUUGUUGCUUCUGCUUGUCUGGUUCCUGAACCGAGAGUUUGAGGUUAGUUACCGUCUCAAUUACCAUGGAAAUGUGGAGGCAGAUCUUCAUCGGCACAAGAUACAGAGCAUGAAAGAUCAAGCAGACUGGCUCCUUCAUAACAUCAUCCCAGCCCAUGUGGCUGAUCAGCUCAAGGUAACUCCUCAUUACUCCAAAAACCACGAAGAUGUUGGAGUUAUUUUUGCCAGCAUAGUUAAUUUCAGUGAAUUUUAUGAGGAGAACUAUGAAGGGGGAAAGGAAUGCUACCGGGUGCUGAAUGAACUUAUUGGUGAUUUUGAUGAAUUAUUGAGCAAACCCCAAUUUAACAGCAAUAUUGAAAAGAUUAAAACUAUUGGAGCUACUUACAUGGCAGCUUCUGGGCUGAAUCCAUCACAACGGCGUGAUAGCAACCAUCCGCAUAGUCACCUACAGACACUUUUUGAGUUUGCCAAAGAAAUGAUGAAGGUCGUAGAUGAGUUCAACAAGGACAUGCUAUGGUUCAACUUUAAAUUAAGGAUUGGUUUCAACCAUGGACCCCUCACUGCAGGAGUUAUUGGCACUACAAAGCUACUGUAUGACAUAUGGGGUGACACUGUCAACAUUGCUAGUAGGAUGGACACUACAGGAGUGGAGUGUAGGAUCCAGGUGAGUGAAGAGAGCUAUCGAAUAUUGAGCGAGAUGGGCUAUGACUUUGAUUACCGAGGGACGGUCAACGUUAAGGGUAAAGGUCAGAUGAAAACAUACCUGUACCCAAAAAGCACAAACACUGGGAUCAUCCCAUCACACCAGCACUCAGUGUCUCCAGACAUCCGAGUGCAAGUGGACGGAAGUAUUGGGCGGUCACCUACAGAUGAGCUUGCCAAUCUUGUGCCUUCUCUGCCAGUCUUGGACAGAUCCGGUCACUGCUCUGCUAAUACUGAGGCUAAUGACUCAUCCUCUGCAUGUCAGAAGGUCACGAAAGAGCAGAUUAAGGAAGCUGACGACAAAGUGGGUGAUGAGGAUCCAGAGGAAAUGAAUGAACUGACAAAGUUACAAAUAUCUAGCCAACUAUGAUGCAUCUUUUCGUACCACAAACCGGCUUCACCCGGGAGGAAUCAGUUCACGUUGGUAGUCUGCGUGACAUGAUAAUUAGCUUUCCGGUUUUUAAUAUUUCAUUUUAUGUCCUGAUUGCUGUGUGGAUCACAGUAACACAGGAUUCAGCUCCAUUGCAAAUGUCUGUGCUGUUUUUUGAUAUUAAGUGCCUUUGGAAAAACUGAAGUAUGUACUUCAGGUAGAAUGGAUGGAGGUAACUGAAAGCAUGGCUUAAUUUUAGAACCCUGGAUAAAGCUAUGGUUACAUCCUUCCUCCACCUUUUCUGUUGUCCAUACACCUCACUCCUGUCUCAUUUUCUUCCUCCAUGCAAUUUUAUUUCUUGUACUUUUUGUACCUGUAGUUAAAGUAAUCUUUUAAUUUGGGCAUCUGAAAACAACCACUGAGGGUGGAUGUUGGUGAAAGCGUUCAGUACACAAGGAGUGGGAGGGAUCUGGUCAAGUAAAUUAUUAACAAUCCCUGAGUAAGUCCUGAUUUAUUCCAAAUUAUGAAACGAAUAUGCCAGUUCAACCUUGAGGAUACAGCCCUGUCUUUCAUUUUCUUUGACUGUACCUACAAACCACAUGUUGAAAGCAGACUGUGGAUGGGUUUCAUAUGCACUCUUCCAUGCUGGUGUCUAGAGAGCUCUGAUUCUUUUAAAUUCUUUUCAGUCAAUAUAAGUCUUGAGUUCAGUGUUUGUUCAAAUCUGUAUAAGAAAAGUUUUGAAUGUUGAACAGCCUUAUUCAGUAUAGAGAGUUGAAUUAAUGUAAAUAUUUGCAUUGAUUCCAGGUUAGAAAACAGACGUUUUGAUUAUCCCCAAAAGCUAAAUGUUCUCAUUAAAAGCCCUGACACAUUCUGAUUCGAGAUCUACUUUCAGUUCUUAAAGUUAACUAUAGUUAGAAAUAGAGGUGUGGAAUAAGGCAGGACCACUACCCAGACCAGUGGGAGACUCUUACUGCUGAGCAGAUUCCAGUCAUGGUCCACCUGACCACAAGCUACCCACUGAGUAAUGUUUUGUCUUGUAGCAGUCAGGUUUUGCUGCAGUAACAAGUCACUUUCCAGCCUUCAAGAAGGGGAAAGCAGAAUAGUCUGAUCACUACACAAAAGGAACAUUUCUGCCAAACCACAUGUGCAGCAUUUCCAGAAGCGAUGGAGUUGUCUGUUCCUUCCUCUUAACUCUAGGAAGGCUAUGGUGGGCUAAUGUGCAAAUGACAAAAAUUGUCGCUAACAAAUACUUUAUUUAAAUGUUUUUGGAAGGCUGGACUUAAAUUUAUGAAAGCAACAAAUGACAUUUAUUUCAUUGUAAUGAUUUUUGAUAUAAAAGGGUUCAGUAAACAUUCCAUCAUUACAAAAAUUCUGCAUGUGGUGAUGGACGGUAUGCAAAUAACGGCACCUCCUUUAUCUUACCAAAUUGAAUAAUGUAUAUUAUUGAUGCAGUUUUCACACUAGUUCAGAGAGUGUAUGAAUUGAAUUGUGUGCAUCCCUUAAAAAUAGUAUACAUUGUUCAGAUCUGUGUUACUACUGGUGUUAGUAAGAGAUUUUCCCCAACUUGUUGUCUCUCUUAUUUCCAACAUAAACUCUAUGGUGUAUUUUAUUUCAGUUCUGCUUUUGUUUGAAGUUUUUGGUUUAUACAUAUUGAAACCUGUAACAAGCAACUGUUGACACUUUGAGACUGUGUCAGGAAAUGUAAGCCAUUCUGAUACUGUGAUUUGUUCUUCAGACUCCUUAUUGUGAGGUGUCAGCAAAUUGUCAUACUUUAAAAAUCAGUUCUUCAUUUAACUUGAUUCUUGACAUUUCAUCAAGUGGAGUACUGGUUUACAUUUUCCCACUAAGUACACAGACACUCUGGGUGAACUAUUGGAAAACUGUCCUGCUGGAAUUUACCCUUAAUAUGACUGUAUCUUUCCCCAACAUUGGGUGAGAAUUGAUAGAUAUUUUUAAAAAUGCAAUUUGAGGAUGCAGUGUCAAACAAUGUAUGGAAUAAUGUUAAGAUGUUUGUAAUAAUGAUAAACCAGUGUUGGAAUUAUGUUUUAUUGAACAGUAUUAAACUGAACAACCCCAAAAUGAUAUUUAUGGGGAUCUGUGGCAUGGUAUUUUCAGGUUCUGUUGGUUUAAGUAGAUGGAUCUAGUUUGAGAUUCUUUGACCAUGUUGUGUGCACCCUCUCUUGUGAGAUCCGAAAUCCAGAUGCAUUGGGGCUUGAAAUGACAUUGUUCUAGAUUCCUACUUUAUAGCAAGGUCUCGAUUGUGGCAGCCUGGGUGCUCAACUCACAUAGGGAACUUGUUCAGCAUGGAUCAGUAUGUAAAUGCAUAUUCAGGCAGCACAAUAGUGCAAUUGAUAAUCGUCUUGGCAAGGUUUCAAGUAUUUGAUCUGAUCAAUGCCUCUCCACCAGUAAGUAAACAAGGCACUCUUAACGAAAUUGGUCAUCAGGUCAAAAAUCUAAGGAUGAGUGAGGUAUUUAGUCACCCCUUUAAUCGAUUGCAUCUUUCUGAAAUACAUUUUUAUAAAAAAUGACAAAAUGCCUAAAUUCAUUUUAAGCUGCCUUUGGUUUCACUCAGCUUCAUUAUUUUAGUCCAAACCAUCUCCAAAUUUUGCAAAUCCGGCCUUCAAUCAAACAACUUGUGUGUACACAUACUUUGAUUUGAUAGUGUGUUUCUUCUGAUGGGUCUUGAAUAUUUAAUACACAAAAGUAAAACUAUAAAAACUACAAAGGGAUUAGGCCACUUUUAUCCUCAAAUUAUCAUAAUUGUGUAGUAUGAUUUGAUUCCAUAUUUAAUAUUUAAAUGUUGGUAUUUAUAUUAAAGAUUGAACUGAAACACUAGCAAGUUCUACAUCAGUAACCAGAUUUCUGGUUCAGAGAUUCAGAGAUCAUCUUAUAGUCAGAAUGAGAAGUUGCUGUUCUCUCAAUUUAUCACCUGGGUAUCUGAGCAAGAGCUCUGCAGUUAAUUCUAAGCCCUAGGUACUCUGUCUUUCUGCAGACAAUUAUCCUCUCAAGUUCACUCAAAUUGAAACUUCUGCCCUAAUUGCACUGUUAAAAGUGGAAUGAAGAUACCUUGUAUUAAUGAAUGAAAUAUAUCUCAUCUUUGUAUAAUUCAAACUCAAAUCUUUUGUCUGAGGCCUAGAAAUAAUGGUGUGAGAUUACCAACCAGUCCUGACAUGCUGGGGUUUACUAGAAUAUGUCACCUGGACUGCUUCAACUCCUCAUGGGAAAAUAUCUCGUCUUUUACAGCAGAGUCCAAAAGGUCUGAGUAAGUGGAAAACAUGACCUGAUCUCUCAGACAAGUUAUAGCUUUUAAUGAAAAAAUUUGUCUUGCUCCCCACAGUUUAUCUCCUUAAAGUUUGCACAUGGUUUACAGUGAAAUUCCCACCUGUGAGGUUUCAGCACAUUUUCCAGAUAUGUGGCAAGUUUUUGUUUCAUGUGUGUAUUUCUUUCUAAUUCAUCAUCUAAGUCACUGUAGUUCUGGCCAGGAAGCCUGCUCCAUACUACUUCCAGUAAUAGUGACACCAACACCUGACAUCCAAUUAGCACAUCAGAAGUGAUGGAGCCUGUAUUCCAGCAAUCUGUUGCAGGUUCUAGCAGACUGGACAGCUGUUCAGUAUUUUUCAACUCUAUUUAAAUUUAAUAGUUGUAUAAAUUAUUUGAUCAGUAGUUUGUCCAUAAGAAGCUCUGCACAAUUGAAGUCAGGCUUCGCAACAAUAGCAGUGAACACUCAAUACCCUCCCCACCACUUUUCAGGAUAGUCUUUUGUGGCAUACACUAUUCUAGCUGUGUUAGUUUUCAAUUUCUCCCUCACCUCCCUGCCCUAAGUAAUUUGCCAAAACUGACCAUUAAAGGACAAAUCAGUACUUUUUAAGACAAAAGGGUGUUGGUUUUAAUUAUUGUAUAACAUAUUGUAUAUUAUAUAUUGUUUACACUUGGGCAUAACCAUGACUGCUCUAUUGAGGUGUGGCAGUGCUGUUGAAUGCAAAUUGCUCCAAGCUGAACAAUUUCAUCCUUUUAGUGCUUUGACCAUCCUAAUUUGAUAUUGCUGGAGUGCAGAGAAAGUGCAUUCAGUCUGUUUUUGAGUGGGAUUCAGCUGAACAUUAUAUAUGUGGAUUCAAUGGCCUCUUUCUCCUACCUCACAUAUAUGGACAGACUUUGUACACAGACCCCUCCAUUAAAACACACAAUCAUGGUUCAGACCCAUUCUUGCACGAUGUGUGCAGUUUCUAUCAGUGCAGACUUUACAAAUUGAGAGUGCAUCACUGUGGAAUUUUAUUACCUUUCUCAAAAGUGUUGUCUGUUUUUGAGAGACGCUGUUCCAAAUUUUGUUCUUCCCUAUUCCCCUCCCCAUCACAGUAUAUAACUGAUAUUUAUCAGAAUUAGCCAUCUUGAAUCCUUAUAUAUCCUAAUUACCACAUGCUGAGACACUCCAGUGAUGAGCAAACAGGGUUGGCUAGUUAGUUGGUCUGGAGGGUAGCUGGGGGAUUUUAGAUAAUGCAGACCAGCCCACUUUGAUUAGAUAAUCUUUUCUGUUGUACCUUGGCGUUUGAUCUUCCCAAUAAUUUUGUUGCAAAACAUUAAUUGAAGGAGUCCUUGCACUUCCACUUUCAGCCCAAAUAAACAAAUAUGGAAUCACACUUGUCCAUUUGAGACUCUGCCUGAAGAAUGUCAUCACACUCUAGCUUGAGCCAUGCAGUGACAUUUGCAAAAUUACAUAGCUACAGCCAAUGCAAAGAUGGAUCUUGGAAUACCAAACUGGCCUAAGCACAGCUGCUGAGACCUGCCAGCUGCUGCUAGAACAUAGCCCUAGCUUGUGGUAGUCAUGAAGGAGCAGUUCUCUGAGCAACACUAAAGGCAGUGACUGUGUGUGGCCUGUUGGGUGUAUGGGGUUUAUGCGUUGUGGAAAGGGGAGUGCUGCUUUGCAGUUGGUUUCACUUGUAAAUAGUUUGCCUAUGCUUUGUUGAUAAAAUGUAUGUGAAAUAUUAAGCUAUAUGUAUAUAGAUAAGCAAUAUAUGACUUAUUACUACCAAUCUGUAAUCAAUUGUAUAUUAAAAACCAUUUUACUGUGAAUAACAGGACAUAAUUUCACUGUAAAUGUUCAGAGUACCAUCUGUCAAUUGGUACAGUAUUCAUAAUAAAGCUAAACAUGAGUUGUGCUGUGAGGCACAAGUAUUUCACUGUGGGAAUCUGGACAAUGAGGACUGAAUCAUACUAGGCUGGUAAGUUCAACUGUCCGUGUGCGUGUCAUUUUAAAAAACAGAGA